AUGACAGUUUACAGGAAAGCAGUUAAGAAAGGAUUUGAAUUUACUCUGAUGGUUGUGGGGGAGAGCGGAUUAGGAAAGUCCACGCUGAUCAACUCAAUGUUUCUAACCAACAUUUACUCCAGUCACAGCCCUUCACUGCAGAAUGGACCAGGGCAAACCUUGAAGGUUGAAGCGCAUAGAAUAAAUUUAGAAGAAAAAGGAAUAAAGUUGGAUCUGACUGUUGUCGACACACCAGGGUUUGGAGUUGCUGUUGAUAAUUCGAAUUGUUGGGAACCUAUCAUCAAUUAUAUAGAUGAGCAAUUUGAAGAUUAUCUUGAGGGAGAGACAAGAGUACAUAGAGAAUCUGUCUUCACAGAUACAAGAGUACAUGCUUGCUUGUACUUUAUUGCUCCCACAGGUCAUGGUUUGAAGCCCCUUGAUGUCGAGUUUAUGAAGAAACUACAGUACAAGGUUAACAUUAUACCAGUGGUGGGAAAAGCAGAUUGUUGUACCAAGAUUGAAAUUGCAGCAUUUAAAACGAAGGUUUUGAAACAGCUGAAAGAAUUGAAGAUUGCAACCUAUGAUUUUCCAGCAUCUGAACUAACAGAGAAGACAAUGUGGAUGCGAGACAGAUUACCGUUUGCCGUCGUGGGUUCCAAUACCCUACUAGAACUAGAGAAUGGAGGCAGAACACGAGGAAGGGAAUACUCUUGGGGAACUGUUAAUAUAGAAAACCCGGAUCACUGUGAUUUUUCCCCACUCCGGUCCCUUCUGCUAUCAUUUCACAUGCAAGAUCUGAGAGAGAUGACCCAUACCCGGCAUUAUGAGAAGUAUAGAUCAAGCAGACUAACAGACCAUUCAUCUUAUCCAUCACUCAAUCCAAGCAAGAGCCUGCCCGGCCUCCUGGCUGUCUCAAAGGAUGAUGUUAAUGGUAUGGUUGCUGCCAACUACACCUCUCAAGAUCUAUCCCCUUCUCCUUCCUCUCUCCUGGAGUUUAAGGAGUACCAGGAGUACAAGGAGUAUCAGGAGUCUAGGGGGUACACUCAACCCCACCUAGGCAUCAGCUCCUUGAAGGAGCAACAAGGAGAGGAGUCAAGGAAGAAGAGUUGGAUAGUCAGCUGGAACCAAGGAAGGGUCAACCUGCAGCAAAAACAUUUACCUAAACCUAAUCUGCUUUCUAAGGUGAAAGGACGGUAUAACUCCAUGUCUAUGGCAGAACUUAGAUCUAAAACCACAGAGAAUAUAAGCAGCAACAAAACCUUCAGGCAAAUCAUCAACACUUUGAAUUCAAAGAAAACCAAGCAGUCCUCUCAACAAUAAAGAUUAAGAACCGAAAGAAGGUUUUUAAACAUAUUUAAGUGAAUAUCAUGAAAUUUUAAUUAAUGAAGAAAUGAAAUGCUAUUAUGAGCUUUGUUUCCCCCCCCCCCAUCAUCUGGAAUACGAUUACAGACUUUAUUAACAUUUUCUAGUCAAAGUAUUUUUAAAGGCUGUCAUCAAAAAGUCUUAUGCUUUUAAAUUCAUAUAGUUGUUUUUUGCAGUAUUCAUAAUAAUUGAUCAAUCAACAUAAAAUGAUUUAAGACAGUGGCUGAUACAAAGUUUUUGUAUAUGUAUUUGUACCAUGAUAUUUUUAUUUUAUAUUUUAUAAAUCUUUUUUUUUGAAAAUAUUCUAUCACAGUGGAACCCUCUAAACAUCAGACUAGCUUAUAUUUAAUGUUAGUUGAAAUAGUUUUACCUUCUAGUUUUACCUUCGGAUUGAAAACCUUCUGAAGUAGACUGGUUUUGCAGUUACAAAUAACAUAAAUGGAACUAUUUACAAUCAGACUUAUUAAACAUAAUCCAAUUUUGUAUAUAUUUGGCUCUACCUUAUGCCAUCAGAGAAAUGUGGGAAUUGUUAAACUUUUACUAGUCAAAAAUAAACUUUAGUCAUUAACUUGAGAAAAUAUGAUAAUUGUAAAUUUUAAUCUUGGAUAUCAGUGUCUGUUAAAACAAAACUAAAUUUUUAGAACAUUUUGAUUCCAAAAUUUUGUUUGAAACUAUUAACAGUAGAGAUGUCUCACACAUGUUUUUUUGCUGCUCUUUCUGUUUUAUCAAAAUUAAAAGUUUUUUUACAAUGAAUUUAAACCACUUAGUACUUUGAUCAUGCAUUUCUUAAAAAAUCUAAAUAUUUUAUUAUAUGUAAAUAAAAAUAAAACAUAAAAAGAAUGAUUUUGAUUAUACACACUAUCUACCAACUGUUUGAAAUUACUACAGUGCAAAAAAGGAUUUAUGUCAAAAACAACACAAAUGUGUAAAUGUAUCAUUUAUCAAUUUCUUGUAAAAACAGAUCAAAUCAAAUCCAAUAUGGGGUUCUAUUGUAUCUUUUGUUGA